AGAGGAAAGCUGGAGACUAAAGAGGCAACCCUGAGGUACAGAUCUGUGGGAAAAACUACCAGAGUAGUCUCCCCUGGAUCGUUGAUAUCUGAAUAGGCUACAGCCAGGUGGCAGCAAGGAAGAUGGAGUCAGUGUCAUGCUCCAGACAUGGUGCACCAUGCAUGCUGAAGACUGGAAGUAAGUCAGGCCCCAACUAUGGCAAGAGUUUCUACAUCUGUAGUGUUCUCAGAGACAAGUGUGACUUUGUGAAAAGUGCCCCAAAUGUUCCCAGCAGUUACUGUUUGAAGCACCCUGACAAUAUCGCUGACCUUCAGUACAUCGCUGAGGGAAAAGUCUCAGGGGAAAAGCGGCAUUACUACAGGUGUCGUGAGAGAGUGGAAAGCGGCUCAAAUUGGUGUGGGUACUCAGUGAUCGGCACCAUACCGAGAAUAGACCCGCUCAGAGAUAGCCAGCUGCACAACGUUGAUGAGUCCGUGAUUAUUACAUCAGUGUCCGUGAAGAAAGCUGUGUCUGACGCAGAAGGGAAACUGUCAGCAGCUUCGCAAAAAACUGCAGCUCGCGACAGGUGCUCACUCAAUGGCAGCCGGAUCCAGGAACAUGGUUCAAAGAUCACAACUGGGAGUAGACAGACUGGAGUGAGUAACACGGGAAUGCCUGAUAACGGAGCGAAUAGUACAAUAGUGGCAGGUAGUCAUGCUUCGUCAUCGUCAGAAGUCAUCAAUUUAGAUGAAACUUCCUUCGGCCUGGCCGACACGCCACCAAUGAUUAUGGCAAACUCAACUCUAAUCGAAGAAGAUAAUGCUGUUAACACUGAAGUAAAUGCACCCCCUAAAAGCCUGACAAGCUCUAUUCAUAUAGAUCUGACGAAAACGGCGCCAGUUACAUCACUGUCCUCCAAAUUGCACCAGUCGAAUGGGCACACUGCCACUCACAGCUCAAAGCAGCAGACCUCAGGUACCAGUGAACAUGGUGGGAGUGGCGACCGUCACAGAUCUCAGCUGACAAUGGAAAUAAACCAAUCCAUGAAGGAAAAACUGACCAGAGAGCUGAAACAAAAGAAACAAAUGCUUGGCACUGUGAAUCUGAACACGCUUCCUGACAAAGGUAGACGACUUCAUGACCAGGUAGAGGAUCUUCAACGACAGCUGUCGUACCUCAAUCUUCAGUUGGUCAACAAUCCACAUCUAGCUAAAGAAGCAGCUUCCGUGGCUUCAGCGAAGAGCUCUGUGCCUCCCAAUGUGCCCCCUGCGCCUCCAGUACCAGCAGCAUCAAAACCUGUCCCAUUGAAGAUUAGUACAGCAUCUCAUGUACGCCCGUUGGACCCCAAAGACCACAGGGCGUCGUCAGCGCCCAUUGUCCGUCCAAUAGAUCCAAAGUCCACAUCGUCAGCAUCUUCGGUACGCCCACUGGCUCCAAAGGCUCCACCAGCCCCUCAGGUUUACACGGUGUACCCUUCCCAACCGUCUGGCUCUACUGGUCAGACCAAAACCAUUCAUGUGCUUCAUCAGCCUAAAGGGGCCUCAGGGGAUAGCGGUUCUAAGCAAAUUGUCCAAGGCACAAAGCAGACGGUGUUAUCCUUUAAAACGAUGUCAUCUGCUUCAGGACAAAAGCAGACAAUCGCUCUUGAAAAACCAGAGCCUAUACCAGAUCAUGUUCUUCAACAAAUGUAUGGAGCCAAUCCACAGAUGAAGACUCUGUACGGCGGACGUAUGACUGCAGACAGAUUGAAGGAAGUGGGCUCUGUGACGAAGGACGCUAUAGAAGGCCUUCAUAAACAGUUGGAAAGGCGACCCGCAGAAACGGCUGAAGUUGAGGAUCCAAGAGGCUUAAAAGUCAAUUUGAUGAUACACCAGAGACAAGCUCUGGCGUGGCUUAUUUGGCGGGAGCACCAAACACCUGCGGGAGGGAUUCUGGCCGAUGAUAUGGGACUGGGAAAAACAUUGACGAUGAUUUCACUGGUGAUGAAGCAGCGGGAGCUGAAAGGCCCGGAACAGGAAGCAACUGCUUCUGGCAGAAAGUCUGGAGAUUGGAUGAGUAAGGACAAGCAGUUACAUAAGGUAGAUAAAAACAUCAUCAAGUCGCGAGCGACACUCGUCAUAUGUCCAGCUUCUCUUAUUCAUCAGUGGCAAAAAGAAAUUGAAAACAGGGUCACGCCUGGGAUUCUGGAAAAAGUUUUGCUGUACCACGGCCCAAACAGAGAACCCAACGUCCUGAAACUGGCGGACAAUGACAUCGUCCUGACGACUUAUAACAUAGUCAGCAAAGAAGUGGCAUCUGAUGCUAGCGCUAAAGAUGCUGAAAAACCAGUCGAAGAUCAGGACUUCCUCAAAGGGAAGAAGGGAAAGAAUAUGCCGAACUUGUUAAAGAUUGCUUGGGAGCGAGUGAUCUUGGAUGAAGCACACAAUAUAAAGAAUCAUAAGUGCAAGACAGCGAUAGGAGUAUGCCGUCUUAGGGCCUGGUGCAGGUGGGCCCUCACUGGGACACCUAUCCAAAAUGACCUUAUUGACAUGUACUCUUUACUCCGCUUCCUUAGGUGUUCUCCCUUUGACGAAUUCCAGGUGUGGAAGAGACAGGUAGCCACGAACGCUGGGACAGGCAAAGUCCGUCUAAACACUCUGGUCAAAACGUUCUUGCUAAGGAGAGAGAAGAAUCAGAAAGGACCGGGAGGAAAACCUUUGGUUCCGUUGCCGACGAAGACUAUCAUUGUGCACGAGUUACGGCUUUCCAAAGAGGAAAAAUCCGUCUAUGAUAAAGUAUAUGCCCAGUCUCAGUCGAAGUUCAAAGACUAUCUUAAAAGGCAUGCUGAAAAGAACGGAGGAGACCAGUAUCUAAACGACACGGCACCGGCUUCCUUAGGCGGUCGGAAUCCUUUUAUGGACAAGCCUGGCGCGUCGACUGGCCCGGUAUUAGGUCAGAAGGGUACAGGAGGCACCCAUAUCCUCGUAUCCCUGCUUCGCCUGAGGCAGUGCUGUGGUCAUCUCAGCCUGCUCAAAGAGGCCAUAGAGGAUGAUGUCUUGGAGACGGAGGGCAUCGAACUCACUCUAGAAGAACAGAUGAGAGGCCUGAUGUUGGGUGACAGUGAGAAACCUGGCAAAAAAUCGGCUAAAUCCGAGAAAUCUUUGGAUCAGUUCGACAUUGCGAAGGUAAGCACGAAGGUCAAGGCCGUGAUGAACGGUCUGAUGGAAGUGCAGAAGAAAUCCACAAAGUCAGAUCCCAUCAAAAGCGUGGUGGUGUCUCAGUGGACGAGAAUGCUGGAAAUUGUUGCCCAUCACUUGCUUAAGGCAGGGAUACGUUGUAGCGUAAUCCAGGGAAACAUCCCACCUCAUAAACGCAUGGAAACUGUUGAGGAUUUCAACACUAAUCCAACAGGACCCACAGUGUUACUGCUGUCCCUGAGGGCAGGUGGCGUGGGCCUGAACUUAAUCGGAGGGAGCAACCUGUUCUUGUUGGACCAGCACUGGAAUCCUGCCUUGGAGGAACAAGCCUUCGAUCGGGUCUACAGGGUCGGUCAGACUAAAGACGUUGUCAUCCACAAAUUCCUGUGCGCCGAAACGGUGGAGGAGAAAAUCGCUGAGCUUCAGAAAUGGAAAACUGAGUUGGCGAAUGACAUUCUCACUGGGACUGGUGGUACCAAGCGUAAGCUGACGUUGGCGGACUUGCGUCUACUGUUUGGCGUUUAGGACUUGUGAAUUUAAGUCUGGACCGUACUGAUUGGCGUUGAAGACCGGUGGAUUUCAAUCUAGACCGAAGACUGCUGUUUGACGUUUAAGACUAAAGGUUUAAGAGUAGAAAGCAAAGAGACUGAAGUUUGACCAAGCUGUACUGGAUUAAUCGAGGUGACAGGAGAAUUAGUUCAGACCAAGGUGCACUGUUUGAUGUUUCAGACGAAAACUACUUCAGAUUUAGAUCUCGGUUUGCAGUUAAGUGAAAGGAUGCAAUUGUGUGGAUGUGCAAUUCAAGGAAUCAUCGUGCAACCUAUCUGUUGUGUGUGAUACCACAGCACAGUGACAAAUUUAAUCAAAGACUUUGUUGAAUAAUUCAACUUCGGACAAAUAUUUAAAAGCAAAAUGCAUGCAGAUGAUGUCAGAAGUUUUCAGGUUAUAUUUCCUGUCAUUUU